AUGGCGCCUACCAGACGACAACGACCCCGGUGGACCGUCAUCACAGGCGCAGCCCUCGCCAUGCUGCUCCUCUGGUACCACUUCCCUGGCAACGUGCGCCGCCGCCCACCCAUUGACACAGUCGAUUGGAGUCGAGCGCGACAGUACUAUCCCCGAGAAACCAUCAAGCCCCUCCCUACUGGUCACCCUCGACGACCAAUACCCCCUGUCCAAGCGUCUAUCGCAUCGUUCCAGCAUCCUUCCACGACGGAUCCACGUCGCGACCAAGUACAAAGAGUCUUUGAGCGGAGUUGGAAUGCGUACAAGGACGAGGCCUGGGGCCAGGACGAGCUCAACCCCGUGUCUGGUGGUGGUAAAGAAACGUAUGGAGGGUGGGCCGCGACCAUGGUGGACGCGCUCGACACGCUCUGGAUUAUGGGCAUGAAGGACGAAUUCCACAACGCUGCAGAUUUCAUCGUGGCCAUUGAUUUUCGGAACACGACCGCAGAUGCCAUCAAUCUCUUUGAGACGAACAUCCGGCAUCUGGGCGGACUGCUGUCGGCGCACGAUCUCAGCGGGCGCGCAGACUUGUUAGGGAAAGCCGUAGAACUUGGCGACAUGCUCUACAUGGCGUUCGACACCCCCAACGGUUUGCCCGGGUUUUGGUUCACCUUUGAGGAGGCGCUGACGGGUACGCAACGUGCUGGUGAAAACGACGCCCCUGCGGCGCCAGCGUCCAUGUGUCUCGAGUUCACGAGGCUGUCGCAACUGACAGGCGACGCAAAGUACUUCUCCGCCGCGGAUCGCGUGACACAGUUCCUCGCGAGGACGCAGCGCGACACGUCUCUACCUGGUCUGUGGCCAGUCGAGAUGGACUUUCGGAACGAACGCGCGAGCACCAGCCAUUUUUACAGCAUCGGGACUGGUGCCGACUCGCUGUACGAGUACCUGCCCAAGAUACACGCGCUUCUCGGUGGAGUGGACGAGAGGUUCGAGAUGAUGUAUACGCAGGCCAGCAAACAGAUCCAGCAAACCCUACUGUUCCGGCCCAUGCUGCCAGACAAGGAUGACAUCUUGUUGCUUGGCAAUGCUCAAGCGCACGAGUUCAGCCCUGGGGUCACGCGCGAGUACCAGAGCCAGCAUCUGGCAUGUUUUGCCGGGGGCAUGUUUGGCCUGGGAGGCAAGCUAUUUGAGGAUCAGGGAGAUGUUGAGCUCGGCGAGCGUCUCGCGCGGAGUUGUGGAUGGGCUUAUUCGCAGUUCCCCACCGGUGUGAUGCCCGAGAUGUUUGGUUUCUACGGGUGUCCGUCUCUGGAGGUCUGCGAAUGGGAUGAGGAGAGAUGGAGGCAUCGCACGAACCGGGAAACGCCCAAGGGCUGGCGGCAGAUCAAGGAUCCUCGGUAUCUGCUGCGACCAGAGGCUAUCGAGAGCAUCUUUCUGCUGUACCGCAUGACGGGCCACGAGGACCUGCGCGAUCUCGCGUGGGAGAUGUUCCUGGGCAUGGUCGGGUCCACGGAGACCAAGCUGGCAUACUCGGGGAUCGCGAAUGUCAUGGAUGAUGGCGUGACGGAGAAAUUGGACACGAUGGAUAGUUUCUGGGUGGCCGAGACGCUCAAGUAUUUCUAUCUUAUCUUCUCGACGCCGGAUACCUUGAGCUUGGACGAAUGGGUCCUGAACACGGAGGCGCAUCCGUUUCGUCGGCCAGGAUGA